AUGUCUCUCGGAUGGGCCGUUAGAUUGGGCCAGAUGAUCGACAUCCAGAAAGAGCACCACACCGAGACCAUCGAGCCGCUUCAGUUAUAUUAUAGAAGACGUUUAUUCUGGGCCAUGUUCAUGAUUGACCGAUACUUGGCUGUGAUUCUGGGACGGCCCAUGGCAAUACAUGAAGGUGAUAUUACUGUGGUUCUAUCGCCCGAAAUCGACGAUAGCAUCUCCUCACAGGUUGACGCUCGUGAGAAGAAGUUGUUGAUGGGCACUACGCUCCACUAUAGCCUAGUACGAAUAAUUGGAAGAGCUGCAUCCCAGCUCUAUCCUGCCUCCGACCGUCCGCAAUCAUCCGUCGAUAGGGUGGUCUCAGACCUGGAAGAAGAACUCCAACAGUGGCUCCAGAACGCGCCAAGAUUCUUCCACCCUGACCGGCCCUCGCACGACGAGGAAGGAUACUAUGAUGUUCCGUGGAUACUGAAGAGGCAACAACGUACCGUCCAGUCGGCCUAUUUCUUUGCCAAUAUGCUUAUCUAUCGGGGGUAUCUUCUUCAAGAGUUCCGUCGACAGGAGCCCAAUGAGUCUCCAGUAGAGCCCCCAUCAGACCGGGCAAGAAGAUGUGCCGACAAUGCUCUUGCCAUGAUCAAACUGGCAGCUGACUUUGGCGUGGCAGAGUCGAGAUACAAUGGGACCUUUUGGGUGAGUCAAACCGCCACCAAGUUUAUGGUCCUGCCAUGUCUGACAAGCAGUCUCUGUCAGAUCACUUCCCACUUCUUGUUUUGUGCCAUAUCUAUUCUCAUCGUCUACAUGACCAUUUGCCAAGACCAGCAGCAGCUGCACAUAGCCGAGAAGGCUGUUGAAGACGCCAUGGAGUUCCACCGUAGGCUAGAAAGCAGCAGCAAUAUCAGCGCCCAAAAGCUUCUCGACGAAUCGCGGCGACGAACGCAGAUUGCCCAGAGUAUUAAGACACCGAACUCUUCUGUCGUUGGAUCGGCUUCGUUCGCUAGUAGUGAGCAACACUUAAGCCCGCAGAUGAUGCUGGUCCCCUCAGUCACCGAAGGGCAAGCGACGGAGAACACAGUACAAUGGGAGGCAUUGGGGGCUACAGAGGCAAAUAUUGACUUGAUGCAAUUCGCCCAAGGUCAGGUAAGUCUAGACUGA